GACAUAGACAGCCAGAGAGAGAGAGAGAGAGAGAGAGAGAUGGGUUUGGAAGACUUGGGAGAUUUGGCCCUUCAUCUCAUCAUAUCGAAGUUAGAUGCCAAAGACACAGCUAUUUUGUCCUGUGUUAGCAAGAGGUUUAGGGUUUCUGCCUCGGACGAGAGACUUUGGUUCAAGUUCUGCUCCGAUGAUCUCGAGCUUUCAGCUCCAGAAGACCCUUAUGGCAACCCUCUCCCUUCUUUCAAGGCAACUUAUCAGAUAUGGAGGGAGGUUUUUAUUAUGUAUCCCUGGCUCCUUGUUAGGCGGGUGAAAAGAUGUUGGAAUACACUUAAAAGUUGGAUGGCUGCAAAUUUCCCGGAGGCUGGGGCUACACUGCGGAAGGGUGCAACUGAAGCUGAAAUAAAGGAGAUGGAGGAUACCCUGGGAGUAAAAUUACCUCUUCCGACAAAGGUUCUUUAUCGUUUUUGUGAUGGGCAAGAAAUAACAAGUGUCUUUUCUUCUGGAAGUGAACAUGGUAGCUCCUUGGGCCUUGUAGGAGGCUACUCUUUCUAUGAGCACAUAGUAAAUGUGUACCUAUUACCUCUAAGUCAGGUAAUUGCAGAAACGAAGGAGUUUGUACGUCACCUUGGUUUUUCAAACAGAUCUAAGUACAUUGUUGUGGCAGCUUCUUCCACUUAUCGCGAAAAGUUGUUCUUCCUCAAUUGUUCAAAUGCUCAACUUUAUGUGGGUACUAAGAAACUCUCUAUAGAUGGAGAAAUGAUUCCAUGUGUACCUAGUACAUUGAUAAACCCAGUCCACAAUUUGCAUGGCAGUCAUCAGCAGGAUGCCAUGUUGCUAUGGUUAGAAGAACAUGGUCGCCGGUUACACAGUGGCAUUAUUGGGCUCCGUGAGGAAGGAGGUGUUAGAAGCAUUAAUUUGUUUCCGGAAAUUCCACCCCUUUGUUCUACUUCUGUGACAAAUGGUGUUCAGACUCGGGCUUCUUCCGUGUUAGUUCCAGAAUUAAGUGAUCUACAACAAGAGUCUGAAAGGUACUGGUUUUCUUACUCUAUCCGCAUGCGGCUCCUGCCUGAGGGAUGCAUUAUAAAUGGGGCAUCUUUCGGCUCAUGUCAACUCUACUGGCGGCAUUGGAUCAUCCGUUCCAAUGACACUGUUAUGUCUGAUGUUAAUGGUGAAGCUGUAAUAGGAAAGUAUCCCCUUCUGUAUCCAGAUGGAAGAGAGUUUGUCUAUGAAAGUUGCACACCUCUGACAUCUUCUUCUGGUUCUGUUGAGGGUGCUUUCACAUUUGUCCCUGGCAGGUUAACAGAUCCAAAAGGCAUGCCAUUUGAAGUCAAAGUGGGACUAUUUCCUCUCAAACUUCCAGACUAUGUUUUCUAAUCACAGGAGACAUAGAUGUUGAAUUGCUGAAUAACUGGACUUUGUUUUAAACUUUAAUCUGUUUUCAUAGGGAUUGAUGAUUUUGUUGUUCUUGAAGUUGCAAGUUU